AUGGCCGCCGCUCCAGAAAAUAUGGAUUUUGACACUUCUAGACAACCCUCAACCUCUAGUUCAGCUACAAACAAGAAACGUUUUGAGGUUAAAAAGGUAAGACACGUAAAACAGCAACAACGGUAUUGAUUUACACCGCUUAAAACGCUACUCUUCAUUGUGUAUGUCUUUAUAAUUUAUUAAUUCAUUUUCUAAUGUAUUUAAUUAUAAAACAUCUAUACAGCAUUUUUCCCAGUUUCCGGACAGUGUUAUAUUCAUUUCCUAAUGUAUUUAAUUAUAAAACAUCUAUACAGCAUUUUUCCCAGUUUUCAGACAGUGUUAUACAACCACUCACUGAUACAGAUAAUUUUGAAUUGAGAAGAAAAAGAAUGAGUGUAAAAGAAAGAAAGAAAGAAACAAAACAUAUAAGUGAAGAGUGGGAGAAAUGGCAGGGUGUAUUUGGUGUAUUAAAACGCUCGUAUGCCAAAGAUAUGCCGACAUCCCACUCUGACCCCUUCUUCCGACUCUCACCACGCCAGGGUGUAUGA